AUGAAGCCGCAGAAGAAGGCUGUCGUUGGCCGAAAGGCAACAGGGACGACAACCUUGGCGAAGAAGCGUCGGGUGUCUCCGGAUAAAUUGGUGGCGGCCGAUCCGAAGAGUGAAAAAAAAGUGAAAAAAUUAGAAAAGCCCGAGGAGACAAGGCGGAAGUUGGAGAACGAGAUGAAGAGGCAGGAGAAGCCGGAGGAUAAGAAGAAGCAGCAGCAACAGGAGGAGAGACGGAGGAUGGAUAAUAAAUCGGAAGAAAAUAAAAAGAGAAUGGAGGAGAGGAGGAAGGAGGAGAAGAUGGAGAAAUUGGAGGAAAAGAGAAAGCAAAAUAGGGACAACGAGAAGAGGUUGGAUAAGCUUGAAGAGAAAAGGAACGAGAGAUCCGAGGAAAGGGGGGACGAGAGAGAAGUAGAGACGCACGAUAAUGCGGAGAAGAAGAAGAUGGCAAGACACGAGGAGAGGACCAAAGUCGAUAACUUAGAAAAUGGCGUCAAGUACCAGCCCUCUGUGGACGACAAGGAGUCCGAGGAAGAUAAGGUGGAUUCUGUGAAUUUGGCAUCGAAGAAGAAGAACAAGGAAGAGAAGAGGAAGGACGUGAAAGCAGGAAAGCCCGAAUCAAAAGAAAAUUUUAAAAGUACGACAAAGGAUAACAAGAAGUUGGAGCGAAAGAAGACACCGGAAAAGGAAAUUAGCAGGAAGUCUUGGCCAGCGGGCGUAAAGAAGGAUACAAAAGCGAAGCAGACGCAGAAGAAGGCUGUGCCGAAGAAGACGGUACUGGUAAAGAAGAUGGCGUCUCAUUCGCCAGUGGUCGGUAAGAAGUUGCUGGAGAAGAAUGUUAAACUAGUCAAGGCGUCGAGGAGCGCACCGGUGGCUGAGAGUGAAGAAGAGGAGGAAACGAAGAAAAGGAAAAAAAAGAACAGCCUCGCAUUGGUAAAAGGAAAACUUCCCCAGGACAAAGGACCAAAACUGGCGAAACAGAUGAAAGCGAAGAUCGGUCAGAAGCAGGUGAGGAUGAGUGCGACUUUGAAGAAGGAGGGCAAGCUCAAGAGAAUCACGGAGAAGAUUGUCAUGAAGAAGAGAGUGGAAGCAAAGGAAUCCGAGAAGAUAACGAGCGAGGUCAAGAAAGCAUCGAGCAAGGACGAGUCGGUUAAUCAGAUAGAGGCGAAUAACAUAAAAAGGGAAAUCGAGGAAAGUAAGGAUGAAAAAUGUCAAGGAAAAUUGCAGGAUUCGAAAAAGAGCACGAAGAUCGCCAUCAGAGCCAAGGUCACGAAGAAACCAGUGAAAAAAAUAACAAAACCCGUCAAAGCGCAAUCUGAAGAGAGUGACCGCAAGUCGACCUCGUCGGACGAGGUGACCUUGGACGAACUCCUGAAGCAAUCCAAGGUCGCUGAAGAAGCUUCGAAGGGUGUGACAGGCUCAAGGCAGGAGCACGGUGAGAAUCUGGUGAAGACAGAUUUGAAAGUGGAAGCUGCUAACGCGGAAGCUAGUAACAGUUCCUCCAGUGGUUCUUCGAACUCGGACGAUGAAGAUGAGACCCAGAGUCCAAAGAAGACCAAACGAAGAAUGGCGAAGAAGAAAGAAAGAAAAAGCUCACCCUCGGACGAACGAGCUAGGAGGAUGAGAUUGUUUGGUUUUUGGAGUGGUCCAAAGCGUCACAGGGUGGCAUCCCUUAACGCCCUGGCUAAGGUCCACUGUUUGUAUGAGAACGAAGCCGGCGGUGUGUACCUGGGUGGUUUCUGCAAGCCUAAGCCGGAGAAGGAGAAGCAGAAGAAGGCCAAGGAGGAGAAGGAAGAGUCAAAAGACAAGGACAAAGAGAAGGACAACAAUCUGAAGAAGAACGAAAGCACAGAGGAAAAUGCUCCAAAGAGAAAAUUGAGGAACGUACCGGGGCUGCGUGGAAAACACUGGGACAUGAUAGAAACUUCAUCGUCCUCGUCGUCCUCGUCCGAUGAGGAUUACGAGCAAGAAAAGAGCCUGGAGGCAAAUAAGAAGAAGGUCGUAAAGAGGCGAAAAAAGAACGAGGAAGUGAUGGACUUGAAGGAUAUGGUCGUCUGCAAGAGAAUGGCUAGUUUGAACGCAUCGGCCAUUUUGGCUGCGUCUUAUUCCGACGAGAAAAAUCGACAGGGCUCGUCAUCAUCGUCAUCGUCAUCCAAUGACUCCACCAGUGAGUCCGAGGUUGAGGUCAUCAAAAGGCGCAAGCAGAGCGAUUCAGAGGUCGACAAGCGAAAGUCACGUCAAGGAUCAGAUUCGGAGGAGGUGAUAAAACCGUCAAAGAAGGUUGUCAUCGUCAAUCAAGAUACCGAUGUCACCAUUACUGGGGUAUAUGUGAAUCAAACUCGUUCAACCCAUCACGAAGGAUUCUGCAGUAUCGCCGGGAUGCAGUAUAGAAUCAGUUCCACAAGUCAUACGCAGACUGCAGCUACUGCAGUAGCGACUGAACUCCACGACCAGCCAAAACUCGAGCAACCCUGCAAGUCUUACACACCCCUGGGAGCACUGUCAUCUAUGCAGCCACCGGGAAGUCAAGGAAAUCAUCCUCCAAUGUCACCGCGACGUCACUCGGCCUUUUCCGCACCCCAUCAACACGUUCCUAACAAUCUUCAAUCUGUUACCCUACUGGAUCUAGUUACUCCCUACGUAUGUAUAUACAGUGCGCGAGCUGUCAAGGUUAAGAAAAAGCGGUGA